GUGGUGCCUAGCAUAAUCCAUCCUUUUUUACCUGACAGAUUCCCGCAAGUCCCAAUCCGCUUCAUCUACUGUUGCUGGGACAUAACUCAAUAUUGUGUGAGAUGCCCGGAAGGGCUAUGUUCCUAGGAUGCAGCUGAGCCCAUUACAAUCGCGGUUGGCAGCCUCUGUGAUAGCCUCCUGCCUUUUGCUCGUUAUCUACCUUAUUCUACUCUCUCCGAAAUUCGCAUUCGCUCUCGAGUUCGAUCCCAUAUCCCCCGAACAUGACGUACACGAAUUAUCCUACGAACAGCUGGAUGCUGUCGAGAUAUCAGAGGCUUUGGACCUCGGGUCUCCAGCGUAUGAACCAAAAUUUGCAUUAUUCGACCGAAGUAUCAUAGGAAGAGUAGAAGGUGGUGCGGUUGACAUAGCCAACAAUGAAGUAAAAAAGUCCAAUCUUGCUCCUGGCUCUACGAUGACCUAUGUCUUCCAAGUUUCGUCAGUUAACGGCGAGACCACGCGGGAUCUAAGCGAACCGCUGGAGCUUCGAAGAAGUUUGAAUACGUCACGUACGCCGGUUAUGGAUGGGGCGGGGGAUAAGGGCGAGGGUGAAGGCGACGGCGAUGGCGAUGGCACUUCUCUAAAACCAGAGCUUGUACGUCGGAAAGAAUCAACGAAAACGUUAUGGAUAUCCGCAAAUACUUGUCUGCAGCCUGCACGCCGUUCAUCAGAUCGAACGGCUCCGGACCCUCCACAACUUACUCUGUAUGUUUCGACAUCGCCCGAUAAUACUUCUCCAGGCCCGGAACAAAGUGAAGAUACGCAGAAGGCCAUUGUAUUCACAGAGGGAGCCGUUAUGUUCAACACAUCUAUAGACAAGGAUGUUUACUUGAGCAUUUCGGCCCCAAGUGUCUCAGCUGAGGAUUUCGACACUUCACGCCAAUACAAUUUUGAACUCGUCGCUUCUACCGAUCGGUAUUACUAUACGUUCCAAGGCAAUCAUACUGAUCCUGGUCUUGUAUGGGUCGAUAGUGACGCCUCGGCCGCUCUACUGCAAACCAACUAUCUCAACAAAGUCUCGAGCCAGGUGAUCAAGACACCGCCGUAUGUCAUGUUUGCUCAUAACGAUGGAAAUAUUGACAUUAGGGGUGUGCGUAAUUCCUACUGCGGGCUAAGUUCGUAUGCCCAGAUUAGAAAUCUUGCAGAUGGCAGCAGCGGAAUGAUGACCAUAGGGCUGAAAAACGGAGGAGACCUGAACUUGACCCGACAGGAGUUCUACGUUAGCGGUCUCAACACUAGCUCUAACUACACAGCUAUCCUUGCUCGUCCGCCGGGGAAGAGUCUUCAAACGCGUCAGGAUGAUUCUUCGGAUAUAGGCGGCGGCAUCGUAUUUCAACCGGCCAGUUUUUCAACAAAGCCCAACGGCGCAUGUACAUUUAUCUUCAACCUCACAUUUUGCGAUCAGACCCAAUAUGCCGUUCCGGGAAACCCACAGACUUUCCCUAACGCCACGGCUCUUGGAAAGUUUUAUGACGACUACGUAAGCUCCAUGUGGGACAAUUUCGAUAAAGUCCUACAACAGACUCCCUGUGAGGCUCCUUCCACUGCUCGAUACUCCUUGGCCAGGGACUGUGACGAUUGUAAGGCUGCGUAUAAGAGAUGGCUUUGUUCGGUGGCUAUUCCCCGCUGUGAGGACUUCUCGUCCCCUGACCGGCCUUAUCUACAAAUGCGCAACAUCGGGACUCCUUUUCCGAACGGAACGACCGUGGACCAGGCUAUCCUUGACGAGUACGGGAGUUCCAAGGCUUUCCUUGCGUCUCGCAAUCCGAAGAUCGACGAGGUCGUCAAGCCAGGCCCGUACAAGGAGUUGCUGCCCUGCGACAAUCUGUGCUACGAGCUAGUCCAGAGCUGUCCGGCUUCGAUGGGGUUCAAAUGUCCUCUGCCGCAAAGCAAGUUCAGCUUCAAAACCAGCUACGCAUCAAAGUCGCCGGACAAUAGUUUGUCGUGUAAUUACCCCGGGUCUGCGCACUUUCUAGGAGGCGCAGGCAUACUUUCCCCUUCUUGGACUGGGCUUGUCGGCGUAACGGGGGCACUUUUAAUAACACUUCUAUGAGAAUUGGAGUUCUUCAAGACCAUUACAUUAGAUAAAGGGCAUCCGGGGUUGGUUAGGGAGGGGUUUUUUUUUCUCGCGAUAUUGAUGAUCAUGUUUUCAUGGAGAGCAGGCGAAAGGACAUGGCAUGAAUGAAUGGCAUUGUAAUGGGCGUU